AUUUAAAAUAAGGUUUUGGAACCAAAUUUCUCCACUUUAUCSAAUACCCAAAAAAAUCCUCAAACUCCGACGACCCGACCACGAGAUCAGAUCGGCGACCGGCAGCAGAUCCACGAACUCCAGUGACCCACGACGACGAACAGCGGCGCUCCUCAAUUUCUCAUCUCAAGCUUCAGCUACAUCUCGUAAAUGGCUGGUAAAGCUCAAAUCCCUACCAAAAGCUCAGCGCUUAUUUCCAUGAUUGCAGAUGAGGAUACUGUGGUUGGAUUUCUUCUUGCUGGAGUUGGUAACGUUGACCUGCGAAGAAAAACUAAUUACCUUAUAGUUGACUCAAAGACAACUGUAAAACAAAUUGAAGAUGCAUUUAAAGAGUUCACUACAAGGGAGGAUAUUGCAAUAGUGAUGAUUAGUCAAUAUGUUGCAAAUAUGAUCAGGUUUCUGGUAGAUAGCUACAAUAAGCCAAUCCCUGCAAUAUUGGAGAUCCCCUCCAAGGAUCAUCCAUAUGACCCCGCACACGAUUCAAUUCUUUCGCGAGUAAAGAACUUGUUUUCUGCUGAAUCKGUGGCAUCUGGGAGGCGUUAAACAGAUACUGUGUCCUUUGCCCCAACUCUUUAUGUUAUGAAGUCAUCCACCUUUCUUCAAAUAUGCUGCAUUUGUGUCUUGCCAUGAGUUUUAUGUUGUAAUGAUUCUAUUCAUAUUGAUCACUUGAAUAAAACUUGAAAGAAACAUGGCACUAGAGGAGCUUUGAGUGUCCAAGCACCACACUGCCAUUCUUUUUCUUGUACCUUACAUUUGAAACACCAACUUGAGGCAUUUACAUCUAUCCAUGUUCUAUUGUCCUCUUGGUACAUGUUUGGCAAAAACCAAUUGCCUCCAUGAUAUUAUAGUGUUUAAAUCCA